AUGCAGAGAACGCUCACACCAUCUCCUUCUUCGUGCUACAGAGUGACAGAGAACGAAGAACAAUUGGCAUCGGAGUCACAGAUUAUAGUCCUGGCCGGAGACAAUAUGCGACAAAAGAUUGUCCGGAACCCGAAAAAUGUAGGGGUCGUAACGACCGGGGGAAGGGCAGCAGGGUCAGGAGGGAGGGGGGGGCAGUCCUGGGUCCGGCUGCGGUUUAUGGCCGGGCCAGAUAGCGGGGCAGACGAGAAUGUACGAGGAAGACGGAAACAGCUGGAACCUAAAUCAAUGGCCUGCAAUAAGUUAGUCGACACGAGCACCUCCACAGAGCAGACGCCGGAGAAUACAUGCCUCGUGUCGUCCGCGGCGACGGUGGCCGCCAGCAGGAGCCAGCAGGCCUGCCAGGCGCGCAUCUUACCGCCACUUACCACAUCAACACAACAACACUCAACACACGCGCACUCAGGGAAAGUUUCUCGAAAGUUGCUGGCGCGUCUCUCUCAAGUGACGUCCUCCCUCCUCGACCGCGCGGGAGACACUGGCGACACGCAGCCGGCUCACAACACACCGCACACUACACACGACACACGACGCUCAGGUGGGGUUGCUAGCGUACAGACAACUACUGCUUAUACAUUAUGA